AUGUUUUCGAAUUUGUUAGCUUCAGAUGCUACUACACAACGAUCACAAAAUUCACGAACUGAGAAGAUGGAACAGGCAUUGCAAUGUUCAAAAGUUGAAAAAGAUGAUAAAUCAGCGUCAAUUUUGCGUAAAACACCAAAAAUGGUAAUUGAGCGACGUGUAGCAAAGCAUCAACAAAAAAGCAAUGUUCAAAAUGGUACAGAUCUACUAAAAAGUGAUCAGCUAUCAAAAGGUAUAUCUCAAGAUAAUGAAGUGUCGUGUGAAGUUUCAGAUGCUGAUACUACAGAUAUCAAGGGAAAUCUGUCUGCUGCUACACCAGAAAUUAGUCCUUCAAUAAUUUCUACAGUUAUUUCUGGCAAAACAACAGUGAAUGAAAUUAAUGAAAUUAUGGAAGAAAUUUUUUCAAGAAUACAAUGCAUAACGCUUACACGUGAACGCUUAGAUAGAAUUAAGAAUUAUUUUGCAAAAUCAAAAAUGUUUACAUUAUGUGAAUCGGAUGCAUUUGAAUGGAUAACUGAUAAUAUGCAAACAAUUUACAAAAAUCCAAUAAAUGCAUGCAAAAAAUUACGUAUUGCUAUUGGUAGUCGAAGUAUUUCAAUUGAUUUAGCUACAAAGGUUUUUCAUUUUUGA